AUGGCAACCGCCGAAGAAUUUCCUUACUCCUUAACCAUCUCCCUCCCUCUCCCCGAUCAUCGUCUCGCAUCGUCCGCUCUCCGCGCCAUCGAGGUAGACGCCGAAUUGUCCCCAUUCGUCAGGCGCACCUUCGCACUUACUUCCCCGAAUAAUGAAUCCACGGACGAGGAGUCCAUGUCGAUACUCGAGACUACAUACCGCGCGACCACCAACCGCAUGCUACGCGUUGCAGUCAACGGCUUCAUGGAGAGCUUGGGAGUUGUCCUUGGUGUAAUGGGGGAGUUGGACGUUGACAUUCUCAAUGAGGAAUCGGACACAGAGGAAUGA